AUGACAAACUCAGAAGUGAUUCAAGAAAGUAUAUUUAUUGGUUCCAAUAGACAAAAUUAUGUUGCAGAUUAUAACACUCAAAAUCAAAUAAUAGCAUUUGGAGCUGGAAAUACAGUUGCAUUAUGGUCCCCACUACAUAAAUCACACAAAGGAGUUUAUUUCACAUUAAAGAAGCAUACUCAAGAAGUCACUGGGGUCAAGUUUCUACCAAAUAGUAAUUUUUUAGUUUCAAUAGGUGAAGACCAUGAAGUAAAUGUUUGGAGCUUAAGCAAUAAUAUCUAUAAUCAUUUUCAGUCUCUAAAAGAGCAUAAUUCAUCAGUUACAUGUAUUGCUGAAAUUAACGAUCGAAUCUUUGUAACCGGAGGAGCCGAUCAUCAAAUAAUAUUAUGGACCUAUGAUGGCUCUUCAUUCAAACUGAGCUAUAAGUUUCAAGUCAAACACAAUUUUUAUCCACUAUCAUUAGCUAUACAAAGUAUAGAAGAAAAUAGUUAUGUGCUAGCAGUUGGAGGUACUACAAAUAAUAUAUCCAUAUACACGUUUGACGUCGAUGAGGGAGAGGUCAUCAAUUUUAAAAAAGCUGCAGAACUAACAGGACAUGAAGAUUGGAUUAAAUGCUUACAAUUUGUCACGAAAAAAAAAGGAGAAGAUUAUGUAUUAGCAAGUGGCUCUCAAGACCGAUAUGUAAGAUUAUGGAGGUUGAAACUAAAUGAAUUUAUUGAUGAUUCAGAUGAAGAUCCUACAAAGUUGACCCUCCUAUCAAAUAAACAAUAUAAGUUUGGAUACAGCUCGGAUAAAAGAGCAGCCUUCAGUUUUGAAGCAUUAAUAAUGGGCCAUGAUGAUUGGAUUAGUGGAUUACAAUGGCACCCAAAUUGUAAACACAAAGAGGAAAACAAAGACAAAGACUUACAACUUUUAACAUGUACAGCUGAUACCGCUUUAAUGAUAUGGGAAAUGGAUACAGAAUCAGGUAUAUGGGUUUGCUCUAGUCGAUUAGGGGAAAUGUCUAUUAAAGGUGCUUCAACAGCUACCGGUGCAUCUGGUGGGUUUUGGUCAUGCUUAUGGUUUAUUGAUCAAGACAAUGGGGACAAUUUUGUUUUGGCAGUAGGGAAAACCGGUUCUGUUAGAGCUUAUAAGUCAAAAUCUAUAGAUGAUAAAUACUUUGAGGCAGUUUUGGGUACAACAGGAGCUGUAAAUGCAAUAACGGAUUUGAGAUGGUCAAUAGAUGGUGAUUAUUUUAUGGCAACUUCUUUAGAUCAAACUACAAGAUUAUACGCUCCUUGGAAAAGAGACAACAUAACUACUUGGCAUGAAUUUGCUAGACCGCAAAUUCAUGGAUAUGAUAUGAUUUGUUGUGAUAAUAUUACUAAAACCAAAUUUGUCUCGGGAGGUGAUGAAAAAGUACUAAGAGUUUUUGAAUUAACUAAAUCAAUAAGUGAAACCUUAAAAACAUUAAGUAACAUAAAUAUCAAUGACGAAAAUUCAACCUUACCAGAAUUUGCAUCUUUACCGGUACUAGGAUUAUCAAAUAAAGCUGAUUCACAAAUCCAAGAGGAAACUAAAAAUGAUGAAUCAAUCGAAGUACAAGACAAUCAUAUUGAACACGUAAAUGCUCCACCAACGGAAUCAUAUUUACAAAGAAACAGUCUAGCUACUGAAAAUGAAAAAUUAUAUGGACAUGGUUAUGAAAUUAGUUGCUGUUCAACAUCCCCAAAUGGGUCACUUAUAGCUACUGCAUGUAAGUCUAACAAUGCAAAACAUGCCGUUAUAAGAGUUUUUAAUGUAAAUAAAGAUUAUCAACAAGCAUCACAAGUUUUAUCAGGUCAUAAUUUGACUAUUUCAAGUCUCAAAUUUUCACCUAAUGGUCAAUUUUUGUUAGCUGUUUCAAGGGAUAGACAAUUUAGUUUAUGGGAAUUAAUAGAUGAAACAAAUGCAGAAUUCAAAUUGGUGGAAUUAAAUGCAAAAGCUCAUUCUAGAAUUAUAUGGGAUUGUUCAUGGAUUUCAAAUGAUGCAUUUGUAACUGUUUCUCGUGAUAAACAAAUUAAAUUAUGGAGAAUCAAUGGAGGCAAAGUUGAAUUAGUAUCGAGUUUGAAAUUGAAUGAUGCAAUUACAUCAGUCACUAGUUUCAAAGGAAAAUUAUUUGAUACUAAGAUUGUUGCAGUAGGUCUUGAGAAUGGAGAUAUAUCAGUUUACACAAUUCAAAAUGAUGAAUUUAAGCAUGCCAUUUCAUUCGAUCAAUCAAUAACCCCAGCUGAUAGAAUUGAGAAAAUAAGUUUCAGUAAUAAGAUAGUAGAUAAUAAAUUACAAUUAGGAGUUGGUAGUAGAGACACAUCAGUAAGGAUAUAUAGCAUUGGUCAAAAUUUAUUUAUUUAA